GCUGGCUCUUGGGCAGUUGUCUACCGGUCUGCACAAGGCAAUUAUGCGAGGUACGUCCGACAAGAACCUCCUGGCACCGAUCGCCUGAUCCGUCCCGGGCUUGUCCGACUGCUCGUCACCUCCAGCAGGAUGAUGCCGCAUUCAGGAGCGCACGCUCCGGGAGUUCUCCGCGAAGAUUGUCGCCGCUUGUUUUUGUAG